CACCGAGGAGCCUGGGGGAGACUGGUACGUCGCCUUGGAGCAAUUCUCUCGCGAGCUGUACCGUAGCCUGCCCGGAUAGUUCUGCUCUGCCAAGUCUCGUGACGACAACAGCACGCGUAUACGAGCCUGCAAUCGCACCGCCCAUCGCAGUCUAUGCUGUGCACCGGAACUACUAUUGCGACCUUGAACAACUGCGCCCAGACGUGCCUGCGAUGAUCCAUGGCACGCAGACCACACCCCCACGUCGCUAUUCCCCCGGGAGCUGCCCCGCCGACCAACCCGUCCCCCACCUCCCCCUGGUCGUCCUAUCUUCUGCAAUCGUCGACCCAUGACCCCUCCACCUCCAGUAUAUACACCGAUUCCGGCUACAGUGGCUACAGCGGCUAUACCCCCUCUCAAAUCUCCCCGCUCGCCCCUAGGAUUAGCCUGGAUGCCCCCUCACGCCCCGCCAGCCGUGCAUCGAGCUACACCGAGCAGGAGGCGGGCCGCAUCAGGUUCCCCGAGCCCCAGCUCUACCGGUCUUCGUCCCAGCGCGCCUCGCUUCGCCCCGGCCCGUCGCUCGCGCACCGGGCGACGCGGAGUGAGCUGACGGUGAGUCCCACCCAACGCUCGUCAAGACCGCCCUCGUUCGUGUCCACGUCUUCGACAAGCAGUCCGGAGUUCGCGCCCACCGAACUUUCUGAGGAGCUAUCUGGCCUGACUCUCGAAUCAGAGGAAGACCUCCGGCGCUUUCAGGCGGGAGAAUUGCCCGAGAAUGACCAGGAAUGGUACAAGCUCGUCCCGCCGUCCGCGCGUGAGGUACUCGACAAGGGAGAAGUGACACGACAGUCGAUUCUGUUCGAGAUCAUCAAGUCGGAAAGAGACUACGUGAACGAUCUCACGUUAGUGAAGGAGGUGUUUAUAGAGCCACUUCUGAAUACGUCGCCAGUACCACACCAUCGCUUGCAAGGCUUCGUGAAGGAAGUGUUCUACAACCUCGACGAGAUCCGCGAGCAGCACGAGCGAAUGCUCGGGGCCCUCUUUCAGAAACAGCGCGAGUUCCACCCAUUGAUAGACAGUGUUGCGGAGAUUGUCAUGAAGCAUGUCCUGCAGUUCAUGUCUCCGUACGAGGAUUAUAUCAAACACUAUCCAAUAGCCGGGGCACGCCACCGCGCGGAGAUGAAGCGAAACUCGCGGUACCAGUAUUUCACGCAGCAGUGCAUGCAUGACCCACGUGUCCGAAAACGCGACCUCAUCACCUUCCUCUCGCGGCCUGUGACGCGCCUCCCGCGGCUGUGCCUCCUGCUCGACAACGCGAAGGAGCACACGGCGCCGGACCACCCCGACCAGGAGACGCUGCCGAUCAUCCUGGAGAUCCUCAAGACGUUCGUGAAGAGCACCCAGCCCGGGAUCGCCGCGGCGGAGGACAAGGUCAAGUUCUGGGAGCUCUGCGAGAGUCUGUCGUACCAGAAGGGCGAGAUCUUGGACCUCGAUUUGUACGAUGAGAAGCGGACUUUGGUGUACUCCGGCCCGCUCGGAAGAAGGUGGAACGAGAAAAUGAGCCAGCUCGAGGUGCCGACGUACAGAUGGAUCGAUCUGCACGUUGCGCUCCUGGACAACUACCUGCUCCUGUUGAAACCGGAGAAUCGUCCCGGGGGAGUCACGAAGCGAUCUGUAGUCUCCCGCCCAAUACCCCUAGAGUACUUGCGACUCGGCUCGUUCUCGGACCCACCGGAGAAGCGGAAGGAGCAGGUAGACGACGGCGCGCUGUUCCACUUCCGGAGCAACUACCGCGACGUGUGGCCGUUUACGAUCUAUCAUGCUUACGAGAAGUCUCGAAGACGGUACACGCUGUUCGCGAACAGCGAGACUGUCCGGGAGAGAUGGCGAUGUGCGCUGACGGAUGCGCUUGCGGUGCGGAAUGCGCAGCAGGAAUCGAAUAUGUGGUUUGCGCCGCAUACAGUCCACGAACGGUUCUUCAGAUAUUCUGAGUCGUUCGUGCCUCCGGCAGGGAACUUGACAGGGAAGAUCACCGCUGUGGCUCCAAUGACUAGUGGCGGGAAGAGCUUCCUCGUGGUUGGCUGUGCCUCCGGUGUGUAUGCUGGAUUACGCAGCGAGUUUGACUACACGAAGGUCCUCCACUUGUCAAACCCGACGAGCAUGGUUGCCCUGCCCGAGCUCAACAAGCUGCUUAUCCUGUCAGAUCACUACCUGUAUGCUUACUCCCUCGAUCUCGUCGCGCGUGCUACCGCAGGCCAGUCGACGACAGAAGCUCUGGAGACGACGCGGCAGGUCAUCGCUGGCCAUGACGGGAGCGUACUGUUCUUCCGUGCAGGGAAGAUUGGGAACAGGAACAUGAUCAUGUAUGCGUCGAAGCGGAUCUUGCAGGUCUUUUUCUACGCUAUUGAGAUCGUAUCCACGGGCGAUGGUCCGAUCUCGCCCAGACGGAGCAUAUCCAACUCACACUCUGGUGCGCCCUCCAACUAUCGGCCGUUUGGUGAACCUAUUCCAAUACCCAAGGACUCGCACGACUUCACGGCACUGCACACGCGGAUUGGGGUAUGCCAUGACCGUGGCAUCACGAUUGUCGACCCUACGAACCCAAGUGCGUCGGGCACAAAUCCUGCGGUCAUCCCGAAGUUCGGAGGGGCAGACAGUAGUCCACCGCUGUAUGCGUUGAAGAGUCGCUGUCAAGACGCAAAGCCAUUGGGUCUCGUGCGCUGUCUGAAUGAAGAGAUCCUAGUCGUCUACGACGAGGUUGGAUGCUACAUCGACAAGCACGGGGUGCCGAGUCGCUCAGCGGGAUAUCUCCGCUGGGAGGCGAAAGCGAGCGCGUUCGCACACAGGGGUGAUCAUAUCCUGCUGUUCUCGCCGGAGUUCAUCGAAGUGCGCACGGUGCAAACGGGGAAGCUCGUACAAGUCGUAGACUUCCCGGACGUUCGCCUCGCAUACCAAGGACUCUUACCGACGGACCGGACGGUGCUCGUCGCGUGCAGGGGGCGGUCGGAGCGCGGCGUCGUCAUAGACAAGAUCGUCGAGCUAGUAGAGACGUCGGAAAUCACCACACCUCGCGCAUCGGCCGUUAGCAUACCAGGGUUAUGGGAUGAGUGGGACAUGUAGAGUUGGUCAGGGGAUCUACGAGGCACUUGCUCUGGAUGACAGAAGUUUAUUGGAUGUACACCGCAGGAAGGUUUUAUUGUAUCUGCAGUCUACGUUAUACCUAUGUAAUGUACAAGACCAAGGUAGUGACCCAUGUAGCUGAUUAGCAUAUGCACUGUAUUCUCUGUGCUACAGUAUGGUGAUACUGAUAUCAGUACGGUACCAUCUAUGUAGACAAGUCCAUUCAUCUUGCGUGAA